CGUACAAUACGGAUAAUAAACGUGUUAUGCGGGUUUUAUACGUGGUUAGUACGUGAGCCAUCAAAUGAACGGGGAAGAAUGAGACGGUUUGACAAUAAUAUGGAUACGGAAGUUUUAAAUGGAUAAGUACGUACUAGUACAUAUACAUGUAUUAAACAGAGUAUUUACUAACUAUGCCUUUCAAUCAAGGGUGCUCUAUCAACCUAGGCAGAUAUUCUUUUUAUAUGUCAAAGCAGGAAUAACAGGAAUUUGAUCAGGAUUCAUGCAAUUCAGAAAACCAUGCCUCAAUUGAAUAUAAUCAAUAUCUAAGAAUUCGUACUUGGGUUCAUACAACCAGGCCUAACAUACAAAUCUAGGGUUCUUCAUACCCAGGUGAGAAAGAGAGUUUACUUCGUAGAGGUGGAAGAUGUGUUUGAAUAUCUUUAUGCGACCCCAAAGGAAAAAGUACAAUAUGUUGUUUUUCUCCUAAAGGGGUACGCGAGGAGCUGGUGGUCCUCAGUCUCUAGAGUUAAUGGUGAACGAGUUCAGUUCACCUGGGAGGAGUUCCUGAAGGCCUUUAAGACAGAGUUUCUUCCCGAAGCUUUUAUCAGGGCAAAGAACAAUGAAUUCUCCAACCUUAAGCAGGAGAAUAUGACAGUUACUGAGUAUACCAUCAAGUUUGUUCGACUACUUUACUUUGAAGAUGGGUUUGCAGAUACUGAGCAUAAGAAGAAGAUGAGAUACUUGCAUGGUCUGCGCAUAGGAUUGAAAGAAAAGAUCCACAGGGUUGAUGAAGAGAGCAUGGCCACAAUCAAGGAGGCAGCACUUAAAUAUGAAGCCUAUGAAGCUGAGAGCCGAGAGGAACACAAGGCCAAAGAAGAGGAGAAGAAGAGGAAGUUUGGAGUGAGUUAUUCUAGACCUCGUUACCCAUCUAAGAGAGGUCCCAGCGGUUUUGGGAGAACACCGAGUCAAUCUAUGUCAUCAUACAAGGCACCAAUUUCCUCAGCCACACAAUUUCCAUUUUGUCAAGUUUGUCAGAAGAGGCAUCUUGGAGAGUGUAGGAGAUUUUCUGGUGUAUGCUUUCACUGUGGCCAACCUGGGCACAUCAUGAGGGAUUGCCCGCAUUCGAGAGAAGUAAGAGCUACACAGUCCGAGCCUUCAGUGCAAUUUAGUAGAGCCCCAUUCAGGGGUGGUUACCAGGGAGGCCGUAGUGGAUUUCAGAGUGGUCGUGGUGGUUCACAAGGUGGUAGAGGUGGUGGUCGAAAUCAACCAUCAGGAAGUGGUACGCAAGGUACCAGAACACAGGGAGCACCGAGGGUUUAUGCAAUGACUCGAGGUGAGGCAGAAGUGGCACCAGAAGUUGUGACUGGUAUGCUUUCUAUCCUUGGCAAGCAAUUAUAUGCUUUGAUCGAUACUGGUUCCUCUCACUCAUUCAUGUCAUAUAUGUUUGCACAUAUGCUACGCUUAGUUCCAGAUAAGCUAGGUUAUACCUUAUGUGUUAAAACACCUGUGGGAGAUACCUUGAAGGUAGAUUCAGUUAUUAGAAGUUCCUUCAUUUGUGUGGAAGGAGCUUUCCUAGCAGCAGAUUUAAUUCUGCUACCUUUUGAUGAAUUUGAUGUCAUCCUUGGAAUGGACUUUCUGGCAACACAUGGAGCUGUUGUGGAUUGUCAAAAGAAAGAAGUGUUAUUCAACACACCAGAUAAAGGUCCUGUUGUAUUCCGAGGCAUUAAGAAAAAGGAGACUCAUGGGUUUCUUUCUGCCUUGGAAGCUUUUCGAUUAGUGAAGGAAGGUUGUGAAGCCUUUCUUGCUCAAGUUACUGUAGUAAAUGAUAAGAAGGUUGAGGAUGUAGAGGUGGUAAGGGAGUUUCCUGAUGUAUUCCCCGAAGAACUUCCCGGCCUUCCACCAGAAAGGGAAGUAGAGUUUGAUAUUGAAUUGGUUCCUGGCACAACACCAAUUUCAAUGGCACCAUAUAGAAUGGCACCAAUUGAGCUGAAGGAGCUUAAAGAACAAUUUCAAGAAUUGCUAGACAAGGGGUUUAUUCGACCUAGCAUCUCACCUUGGGGUGCACCGGUUUUGUUUGUCAAGAAGAAGGAUGGCUCCAUGAGAAUGUGCAUUGACUACCGGAGAUUGAAUAAGGCGACAGUGAAGAAUCGUUAUCCCCUUCCAAGAAUAGAUGAUUUGUUUGAUCAAUUGCAGGGUGCAUCUGUCUUUUCUAAGAUUGAUUUGAGGUCUGGAUACCAUCAACUGAAAGUGGCAGAUGGAGCAACCUCAAAGACAGCUUUUAGAACAAGAUAUGGGCAUUAUGAGUUCCUGGUAAUGCCUUUUGGACUCACUAAUGCACCAGCGGUAUUUAUGGCUCUUAUGAACAGAGUUUUCCAUGAAUAUCUUGAUAAGUUUGUGAUUGUGUUCAUAGAUGAUAUUCUCAUCUAUUCUAAAAGCGAGGAGGAUCACAAAACUCACCUUAGAAUUGUGUUGCAAAUUCUAAGGGAGAAACAAUUAUAUGCAAAAUUUUCAAAAUGUGAGUUUUGGCUGAAGGAGGUAAUAUUUCUGGGACAUGUAAUUUCUGGAAGAGGUGUCGAGGUGGAUCCGAAAAAGGUGGAAGCAGUGGUGAGUUGGGCUCCACCAAAAGAUGUGUCCGAGUUGAGAAGUUUUCUUGGCAUGGCGGGUUACUAUCGGCGGUUUUUCGAAGGAUUUUCUAAAUUUGCUGCACCAUUGUCUAAACUGUUGAGGAAGAAUACCAAGUAUGUUUGGGAUGAAUCAUGUCAAAAGAGUUUUGAUGAACUGAAAAAGAGAUUGACCACAGCACCAGUACUGGCUUUACCUUCAAACCAUGGAGAGUUUGUGGUGUAUAGUGAUGCCUCAUAUCAAGGACUGGGUUGUGUGUUAAUGCAAGAUGGAAGAUUUAUCGCAUAUGCCUCUAGGCAAUUGCGUCCUCAUGAAGUAAAUUAUCCCACUCAUGACUUAGAAUUGGCAGCGGUGGUGUUUGCUCUCAAGAUUUGGCGACAUUAUUUAUAUGGUGAGACUUUUAAAAUCCUAACUGAUCACAAAAGCUUGAAGUAUAUUAUGGAUCAGAAGGAUUUAAAUAGUCGCCAGAGGAGAUGGAUAGAGUUGUUGAAAGAUUAUGAUUGUACCAUUGAUCCAGGUAAAGCUAAUGUAGUUGCUGAUGCUCUGAGCAGAAAAGGAAAGAAGAAUAUAACGGAUCUGGUUGAUUUGAGGGCAAUGAAUGUUGAUUUGGAAGUGGAUGGUGUAACAGGGUUACUAGCUCGGUUGAACAUUCGACCUUUGUUGCACGACAAAAUUCGUGAGAAGCAGAAGGAGGACCCAGAGUUGACAAAAAUCAUUCAGGACAUUGAGGAAGGAAAGGAAAGCCCAUUUGAAAUGGUAGAUGGCAUGUUGCAGAUGAAUGGAAGAGCAUGUGUUCCUAAUGUUGAUAACUUGAGGAAAGAGAUCCUAGAUGAAGCUCAUUCUUCUGCUUAUGCUAUGCACCCAAGAGCAACUAAAAUGUAUCACACGAUCAAACCAUAUUUUUGGUGGCGUGGGAUGAAAAAGGAAGCGGCUGAACAUGUUUUCACAUGUCUGGUAUGUCAGAAAGUUAAGGCAGAACAUCAAGCUCAUGUGGGAAAACUGCAACCACUUCCAAUUCCAGAAUGGAAGUGGGAAAGAAUUACAAUAGAUUUUGUAUAUGGUCUCCCAUCAUCAAGGGGAAAAGAUGCAGUAUGGGUUAUUGUGGACCGACUGACCAAAUCGGCUCACUUUUUACCCAUUAAAUGGAAACCAUCACUGGAGACUUUGUCUCAACUAUAUAUUAAGGAGAUCGUCAGAUUGCAUGGUGUGCCAAUUUCUAUUGUCUCUGAUCGAGACCCAAGCUUCACAUCUCGGUUUUGGCAAAGUUUACAUGAAUCCUUGGGAACUAACUUGCAUUUUACUUCAGCUUAUCAUCCUCAAACAGAUGGCCAGAGUGAACGAACCAUCCUUACCUUAGAAGAGUUACUUCGAUCAUGUGUAAUGCAAUGGGAGGAAUCAUGGAUUGAUCAUUUGCCCCUGAUUGAGUUUGCUUACAACAAUCAGUACCAUAGUAGCUUGGGUGUUCCACCAUAUGAAGCACUUUAUGGGAGGAAGUGUAGAACACCAUUAUGUUGGGAUGUAGAAGGAGCAAGGCAAAUCUCAGGGCCAGAGAUAGUUCAGAUCACAGUUGAUAAGGUCAAGGAAAUCAGGGAGCGUUUGACGGUGGCUCAAGAUCGACAGAAAGUUUAUGUUGACACGAGUAGGCGUGAAGUUAAUUUCGAAGUGGGUGAGAAAGUAUUCCUCAAAGUUUCACCCUGGAAAGGCGUAAUGAGAUUUGGUAAGAAAGGGAAACUGGCACCUCGGUAUAUUGGACCUUAUGAAAUCAUAGAGAAGAUUGGACCAGUGGCAUAUAAACUGGCAUUGCCUCCAGAACUAUCUCAAAUCCACAAUGUAUUUCAUGUUAGUAUGUUAAAGAGGUACAAAGUGGAUCCUUCCCAUGUAAUACAACCAGAGGAGAUCGAGUUAGGCCCAGAUUUAACUUUUGAGGAGGUUCCAAUUGAGAUUGUUGAUUUUCAGAUUAAGACUCUUCGUAGGAAGGAGAUUCCAAUGUUGAAAGUGGUUUGGAGAAAUCAAGAAAGUGAGAGUGCUACCUGGGAAACUGAAGCAAGUAUGCGAGAGAAGUACCCUGAGUUAGUAGCAACCUACUUUGCAGGUUAACAAUCUUGCUUAGUAAGUUAUGUUUUGAACUUGUUGAUGUGCUUUUGUUGUGAUAGCCCAGUAUAGGUUUUUGAAACCUAAACAUGGGAACUUGAGGUGUUAUGUGUUACCUUCUAUGUUAUGAAUAGCCUAACCUAAUCGUUAGGUAAUGACUUUAUGUGUGAUAGACCAUGUUAAGGGUUAGUAAGAGGAGUUAGAGUACGACUCAAGGUUAGAUUUCGGGGACGAAAUCUUUUAAGGAGGGGAGAAUUGUAACAUCCCAUUUCGGCUAAACCCAUAUUUCGAUCGCUAGAAAGUUCGCGAUUUAAAAUCAAGCGUUUUGAUAGUAUUUCGGCGAAAAUCGGUUUAUCGAUCGAUCGGAUAAGUAUACGUAUUGAUUAUAUAUAUAUAUAUUAGUAAGCGGUCUUCCAUUGUAAUUCCAUUCCAUUUUCUUCUUCUUUCAUUUCGGUCGAGAGAUAGCAGAGAAGCAGAGCCGCGCACGGAGCGCCUGGGGAAAAAUUUCACAGCUCAAAUCUUGAGCUCUAGUGAUCCAAAAAUCCCGUAAGUAAUGCCUAAUUCAUCUAUACAUCGUGAUUUAUCGAUUUAGAGCUUUAAAACGAGUUUUGGUUCAGGAAAUUCUUGAAUUCCCGAUAAGCCAAAUUAGGGUUUCGGAGUAUCCGGAAGCCGGAUUGAGCCCAAAUUUCAUAUACGAGCUUCCUGCAGCGAGGUAAUCAAUCCUCUAGUUCUAAUCCCUGAAUUUCGGCAAUUAUUUAGGCCGGGGUCCAAACCGCUGAAUUUAGCUCCGGCCAGGGUUUGAUGUGUUUUUAUCAAGAAUUUGACCCGGAGCCUAGAACUAAUAUUGACGGGGAUACUGCAGGGGAUAUUAGGACGGUCUCGGAUUUCAAUUCGGGGUUCGUUCGUGAAAUUGACGUUUUAGUACGGGAAGGUUAAACCGGUGUUUGAACGACCAGAACUGGUGAGGGAUUAGCACGGCAUACCGGGUUUGUCGUAUCACGAUAAUUAUAUUGAUGCUUAGAAUUGACCUAGGUGAAUUAGAAUGGCAUGAUUAGGGGUGUAUGGACUUUUCUGCUAUAUGAUGAACUAUAGGCUUCUGUAUGAUAUUAUUGACUUGCCCUAAACGAUAUGGACCUUGUUUAUGUUGAUGAUUCUAUAUAUGUUGCCAGAUGUGGGUUUAAUUGUGAAUAUGCCUUAUGAUGGUUCGAGAAGGUGAUUGUAUAUGAUUUUUCAUGAUUGUUGUAUUUGGAUGCACAAGUGGGAAUAUAUAUAUUCCCUGGUAAUAUUAUGAUGUUUUAAGGAGGAUGACUUGCACGAGGGUUUAUCCCGAGGAAGUGCAAUUAUACGACUCCUGAUUUACCUAUGUUGAGCCAAUUGUGGCCUGGUCAAGUACAUGUGCAAGUAAUGAAUUAUGAUUAAGCAAGAUGAGAUAUGAAUCAUGUAUAAGGAUACCAAAUAUGAGUGUUGUGGUCUCACGGUCAACUACAUAGUAAUUAGGGCUCCCUAUGCUAUUACUCUAUUAUGAUAUGUAUGAUAGUCACACCUCUCGUGUGGUGGUGACUGAAGAAUUCUUACGAGAUAUGACCACACCCAGAGUGGUGUCGGGGUAUGACUACACCCAUAGUGGUGUGGGGUAUGUAUGACUACAUCUGACGGGAUGUGGGGUAUGUUUCCCGGGAGAGUUAUUAGCAUGGGAGUAGCCAGGCGCCUAUGAUUAAAACAUAAUAAGAUGCAUAUGCAUAAGUCAAGGUGGUUGAGUCUUUUGCCUAUUGGGAUGUCGGAGGGCUGAGGUCCGAUCCUAGUGCUUUGGCUUGAUUGUUAGAUGUAUGAUAGGGGUAUGCUAUGUUAUGAACUCACGAUGCUAUGAUUAUCUCACUCAGCUAUGAGCUGACCCUCUUUUUAUUCUUCUUCUCUGCUUAUGCUAUGUGUAAGCAGAUCAUCAACAGCAGCAGUAGAUAGGUGUAUAGGUGGGAGCUGAGCAAGAGUUGAAGGCAAGAUGAGGUAUGGUCUUCAACUACUCUGUGCUUGGACUACUACUCGGGAUUUUGGCCAGUGAUCCACACUUUUUUGUAAAAAGGUUUUGAGAACAUUUUCAUGUGCAUACUAGCUUCGAAUGUAGUGUGAGAUAUCCACAGGUGUGGAAAGUUGAUGAUAUGUGUAUAUUUUUGUAAUUGUGUAAGUUAUGACGAUUAUGGCUUGUAUUAGUACGGUAUGCAGUUGUGUAGUAUGAAACUGUGCCUAUGGCUAUGAAAGCCAAUGCAUAUGGUUGUGAGUAUAUAUGUUUGUGAUGAAUUAUUUUGGAGGAUAAGUUGCAAGAAAUGUUAGCCCAUUACGCGAGUGAUUCAUGUCGAAAUUUUAUUUAGGUAAAUUUUGAUAAUUAAUGUAACACCCGAGAUUAAUUCCGCUGCAAUUGUAUGAACAAUAUGAUUAGGCAAAACGUAUAGGGUAGGGUGUUACAGUGUCGGUUCAGCCGGAAAAACCGGCCGGUACGGUAAAACGACCAUCAUUAGGCUACCGUAUCGCUUUUGGUCCGGUUUCCGGUUUUUCCGGUUAAACCGGCCGGUACGAUCCGGUUUCCUGGUCCAUGGUUAAUAGUCAUAAAUAUAUAAAAUUAACCCUUUUAAAAAUAAAUAUACUAUAAAUAACAGUGAAGUUAAAAAUUUAAUUCGUACAAUACGGAUAAUAAACGUGUUAUGCGGGUUUUAUACGUGGUUAGUACGUGAGCCAUCAAAUGAACGGGGAAGAAUGAGACGGUUUGACAAUAAUAUGGAUACGGAAGUUUUAAAUGGAUAAGUACGUACUAGUACAUAUACAUGUAUUAAACAGAGUAUUUACUAACUAUGCCUUUCAAUCAAGGGUGCUCUAUCAACCUAGGCAGAUAUUCUUUUUAUAUGUCAAAGCAGGAAUAACAGGAAUUUGAUCAGGAUUCAUGCAAUUCAGAAAACCAUGCCUCAAUUGAAUAUAAUCAAUAUCUAAGAAUUCGUACUUGGGUUCAUACAACCAGGCCUAACAUACAAAUCUAGGGUUCUUCAUACCCAGGUGAGAAAGAGAGUUUACUUCGUAGAGAGUGAAGAGAAAUAUGCUUCAGAUGUGGAAAUCAUUCUGUGAAGGAUGAGGAUAUGCUUCUGGUAAUCAAUUGGCACUCCUCCAAGCUUCCACCGAGCUCUAAUGGGGUCGAAGAUCGAUUUAGGGUACUUGGAAGUUCUAUUCGUCACUUUCUCUCUCAAGGUUUUUUUCUCUCUAGCUCUAAAAAUCGGAUUCCCCUUCUCUUUGGCUUGAAAACUCCUUUUAAUCCGAGAUUGGGCAAAACACGGUCGAGGACACGACCGUGUUUUGUUUCUGCCCGCCCGUGUUUUGCCUCAAGUGUGGCAAAGCUCCAAAAGAGCUAAUGUUUUGUGGCCUGAAGGAACCAAACUACCUAGUGAUGAUGCAUUACCUAAUUAAAAGGAUAUUCGCAAAAAUGAAUAUAUCAUCAAGAAAAUAGUGAAACUAAUAUUUGCAUCACAAAUAUGUACUACAUGUAUAUUAGUACUAUCAGUACACAUAAAGGUAUAAACUAUAAGUUUACAAGAUUUGAUAACUUGAUAAUUUGGUUGGUCCGAUUAGACCAUCCCGGAUCUUGAUGCAAAAAAGAUCUUUGAGAAUUCAUGAGAACAUCAUAUGAGAAGUCAAAGAAUUCUUCAAGAGUCAUUAUGUCGUUCUUGUUCUCAAGGAAAAUAGAACAAUUGAUCAUUUCUUGUAAAAGAGUUGGCAAAUCUCUUGAGAUUUUAUGGACGUGUGCAGAACAAUACAUUAGUCAUGUAGAUCAUUUGUGAAUUUUAUGGGUUGAUGAAUCAAAUGGAUGAUCACAUGUAUUUUAUACAAUCGCAACUCGAUAUUUGUGAGAUUGGUUGCCUCACUAUGGAUACAUUUUGAUGGUUACCCAAUCAAACAUCACUUUGCUUAUGAGUACAAGCUGAGCCUUCCAUUCUCUUGUCGAGGACAUGAUGGGAGAUUUGUUUGCGAAAUUAUUAUUGUGAUGAAUCACUUUUCCAACAUUAAUGGGGGAGAGAAAAAUAUCUAGGUAAAGAGAUGAGUUGGAAUGAGUUAUCAUUAUCUAGUUUUGAUCCUCAAAGUAACAAACAUGAACCUGAAGUUCAUAAGAUAAAUUAUCGUUACCAACUAUCAAAUGUCUUUACUGACCAUAGUGGAUAGCUAUCACCGUUGAUACAAUCGGAUUAGACCAUGCUAACUAGUCUAAUAACCAUUAGAUUAAAAAAUAAUCUUGGGUUCGAAACUAAAUAGAAGAUAAUUUAGUCA